CUGUACCCCUGCCAUUGUCAUGUGAUCAUUUCUUCUAUCACAUUAGAGAUAGAGAGAGAAAGAAAUCUAGAGAGAGAAACAGAUCUAGAGAGAGAAACAUACUAUGCACGGUGCUCAAAAGAGGAGAGAGAAAGCCAAAUAUCUCCGAGAGAAGAGGCCUUAAGAGAGAUAGAGAGAGAGUUAUAGAUGAAAGCUCUCUGCUUUUCUACAGAGGCGUAGAUUGAUGAAAAAUGGCGCAAUUGCCUCCCAAAAUACCCACAAUUCCCCCUAAUUACCAUCACAAGGGUCUUUCAUGGGUGGACGAGUUCCUCGACUUCACGGCGGCCAGGCGCGGAGCUCACCGGCGGUCGGUGAGCGACUCCAUCGCCUUCCUCGAACAGCCAGAGACGAGCGACUUUGACCGCCUCGACGAUGAACAACUGCUCUCAAUGUUCUCUGAACAGGUGGCGCAGCCGCCGCCGGUGUCGUCGGAUAAUGCUUCUGUGGCGUCGGAUGGUAAUAGUGUUAAUGCGGAGAAGGGCGACGGCGGGGAGCGGAAGAUGAAAAGUGAGUUAGAGGAGGAGCACAGCCAAUGUAUGGAUGGGCGGCCGGCUGAAGGGGCAGCGGCGGUGGAUCAAGCUCCGCCAGCAGCGGCGGCGGUGGCGGAGACGGAGCUGAUUGUGGAUAGCAAGCGGGUGAAGAGGAUAUUAGCGAACAGACAAUCAGCGCAAAGAUCAAGGGUGAGGAAGCUACAGUACAUCUCUGAGCUCGAGCGAAGCGUAACAACUCUGCAGACUGAGGUAUCAGCUCUGUCUCCUCGGGUGGCAUUCUUCGACCACCAACGCUCAAUCCUGACCGUCGGAAACAGCCAUCUUAAGCAGAGAAUCGCUGCUCUUGCGCAAGAUAAGAUUUUUAAGGAUGCACAUCAGGAGGCACUGAAGAAGGAGAUAGAGAGGCUAAGACAGGUUUACCAAAGGCAAAAGCUCAAGAACAUGGCAGCUUCAACGCUGGAAAAUGAAAAUAACAAAUAACCCCUCGGCUGAUCUCUCAAUUGCAAAUUCCAGAUUGUUUGUUGUCUAAGUGCAAAAAAUAAAAUUGCUUUCCUUGUGAUUUGUAAAUUAUUUAUUCUUUUUUCUUA